AUGUUCUUGGGGAACCUCUCUCUCAUACAGACAGCUGUCACCUCCGUCUCCAUCUAUGCCGUUGGCUGGAUCAUCUAUUGCCGCUACUUCCACCCUCUUUGCUCCAUUCCAGGGCCCUUCCUGGCAUCCUUCAGUCGAGCAUGGAUCGUCUUCAAGACCGUGAAGGGUGACAUGGAACACACGCAGCGAGCAUUGCACAAGAAAUAUGGCUAUCUUGUUCGCAUCGCACCCAACGAGGUUGCCUGCUCCGAUCCCGAAGCCGUCCAGACUAUCUACGGUACUAAGACCAUUUUUACCAAGACCGAUUACUACAAUGCUUGGGCCCCACCGAACAACGGAUACGUCGGUCAUUUCCCUGCACGUGAUGAAAAAGAGCAUUCUGAGCGCCGACGCAUCGUCAAUAAUGUCUACUCAAUGUCUAGCGUCCUCGAAUCCGAAAAGGCCAUGGACUCGUGCACGCAGCUCUUUUCCGAGACCAUGCGCGAAUUCGCAGAGCAGAAGUCAGUAGUCGACCUAAGUUUAUGGACCAAUAUGUACGCCUUUGAUGUACUUGGUGAGCUCUUCUACGGUAACAAGUUCGGCUUCCUGAGUGAGCGCAAGGACAUCGGCAACUACAUGAAGGCCAUAGACUCUUUACUUCCCGCCUUCACCAUCGGCGGCACUGUGCCCUCUUACCUGACCAAAUUGUACCUUGUAUCUACAAUUUUGUUCUCGCUAUCCGUUCGCGGGGCCUUGGGAGCUGUCAAGCACCUUGAAAACGCCUCCGAAGCCGCCGUGAAAAGGCGGAAGCAGGAGAUUGAGGAAAACAAGGAUGACAAGCGGGAUAUGCUUCGGAAAAUGCUCGAGAUCCACGCCGACCGAGGAGAGAAAAUCAACUUCACAUAUCAACACAUUUGCGUCGAAUCCCACAGCUCGAUCUUUGCCGGCGCCGACACAACCGCUAUUGCGAUCAACAGUAUCCUGUACCACCUCAUGCGAAACCCGGCCGCCUACGAGAAACUGACCGCUGAGGUAGACGCAGCCGUGGCUGAUGGCACGCUGUCCAUGCCCGUCGCCUAUGUGGAAGCGAUCAAGCUUCCUUACCUGAAGGCGUGCAUCAACGAGGGUAUGCGUCUACACCCGAGCGUCGGGCUUACGAUGCCACGACUCGUCCCGGCCGGCGGAGCGACCAUCUCCGGUUUCCACUUUCCCCAAGGCUACCGCGUCGGCGUCAACGCCGCCGUCGUGCAGUACGACAAGGAUGUCUUCGGGCCGGAUGCCGAAAAAUUCAACCCGGACCGCUGGAUCGAGGGUGACGCUAUGCGGAUGGUUAAGACGAUGAUUCAGUUCGGUGCCGGACCGCGUACCUGCAUUGGCAAGAAUAUCUCUCUGAGCGAGAUCUAUAAGCUGGUCCCUCACAUCGUCAGGGUCUUCCACAUCCGUCUCGCGGACCCGAGCAAGGAAUGGAAGACGCAUAACUAUUGGUUCAACAAGCAGACCGACGUCUACAUUUAUAUCAAAGAACGGACGUACGGUUUGAACUAG